AUGGCCCAGACACUCUAUGGCCAAGGAACACUUCGCUUCACGGAUGAUGAGAUUGCCUCAAUGCGACGAGACAUCUGGGAAGAGAUAAGCUCGUUGCUUAUCUCUUCAAAGUCUGCAUCAAAGAACGCAGAGCAAAAUCAGGUCUUCUGGCUGCUUGGUGGAGAUACGCCGACUGAGGCAGAUGCGGUCUGUUUCGGCUUUAUUGUUGCGGCUUUGACUUCUACCGCGUGUCCCAAGGCGCAGAAAGUUGUCAAGAGUCUGCCCGUUCUGGUCGAAUAUGCACGCCGUAUUCAUGAUCGUUUCUUCCCUGAGUAUAUGCUUUGGGAGUGA